AUGCUACUUAUCAGAACACGAUGCAAGCAUGUUGUAUCCUUGGCUGCCUUGAUCACCAUACUAGGCUUAGCAUUCGAGCCUUUCUUCCAACAAAUCGUCACCUAUCCCGAUCGUAUGAUGAUCGUUGGAGGUGGCUCGACAUGGGCCGCAUCAACUUUCGUACCCCAAUCUCUACCGAGCACUCGCCGGCUUGGUUUUGACAACAAUAACAGAGACCCGACAAUGACUUUGGCUAUCGACACCGUCCUCAACACCCCAGAAAUUGCUAUGAGACCCUCCACGGCGCAGUGCUCCACGGCGAACUGUACAUGGCCUUCGUAUGCCACACUUGGCGUCGGUCACACAUGUCAAGACGUGUCUGACCUGCUCCAGUAUAUAUGCGAAAACAACACAAAACUAGCCCUGCCACAACAAGUCGUCUCGGCGGUGGAUCCCUGUGGCUACAAGGUGAAUGAUACGUUCGUUACCGGCGUCGAAGGUAAUCUCGGUUUUCGCAAGGUGACCAGUUUAUCGAUGUUGGUAGUCGAAACAUUUGAUUUUGAAUCUAGUGGCAACCACUUCUGGAACACCACAGCUUUUCACAAUUCGACUCUACCUAUCUUGGAUUUCUAUAUCGCUUAUACGCCAGGAGGUCCAGAAGCGGCGCUCAGAAACCAAACACCGGUAUUGCUGGAAUGUUUACUCACAUGUAAGUAA